CAGCCCCCGUCUGUCUCGGCUGUCCCAAUUGCCAUUCCAAUGCACACUCCUUGAGGAGCAACAGCUACAACGGAGUUAGUGAAGUGGAUUGACUAGUUUUUAGAUAGAAAAUAUUUGCUGUAUAUUUGGAGCAAUGUGCGAGGGCAUAGAUGUGCGUUUGGCUAACAAUUUGGCAUCGGUAAAGCGCGAGAAAGGAGUUAGAGAAAGAGCGCAUUGUAAUGCUCCGUAAGCUUUGUCCAUUCUCUUCGUGGAUUUGCCCGAUGAUUUGAAUGAAAAACAAAAAAGUGCUUUAUUAAUACUACUUUCGACUGGAUGUAGUGGWAUGGGAUGGUUUUAUUCUUUAGAUKAAUUCAAGAGACGUGUAAAACGUUCAUCGACUCCAGUGCUAUAGGUUGUGUAUGUUGUGUGGCACCAUCCGAAGGGUCCAGUCAAAGCCUUUAUUCAUGUUGCAAGAUCCUAGUUUAUGACAAUGGAUUACUUGCUGUGGAUGUGCAGCGUUGUGCUUCCCGUGGUAUUAGCUGUUGAAGAAACACUAAUGGACAGCAAGUGGGCAACCACAGAACUGGCCUGGACCACGUUUCCGGAGAGUGGGUGGGAGGAGGUGAGUGGCUACGAUGACUCCAUGAGUCCCAUAAGGACGUAUCAGGUGUGCAACGUGCGCGAGCCCAACCAGAACAACUGGCUGAGGACGGAUUUCAUCCCCCGUAAAGGUGUGCUACGCGUCUACGUGGAGCUCAAGUUCUCUGUCCGCGACUGCGCCAGUAUUCCYAACAUCCCCGGCUCCUGCAAGGAGACCUUUAACCUCUUCUACUACGAGUCUGAAGGCGACACCGCCACGGAAAGUAGUCCAUUGUGGAGGGAGAACCCUUACGUGAAGGUGGACACCAUCGCUCCCGAUGAGAGUUUUUCCCUUUUGGUGGCAGGCAGGAUCAACACCAAAGUGCGAAGCUUCGGACCUCUCUCCAAGGCCGGCUUCUACCUAGCCUUCCAGGACCUGGGGGCUUGUAUGUCCUUGAUAUCCGUGCAGGUUUUCUUCAAGAAGUGCUCGACGACCAUUGCAAACUUCGCCGUCUUCCCUGAGACGGCUACAGGGGCCGAGGCCACCUCCUUGGUCAUCGCCCCAGGGGCAUGCGUGUCCAACGCGCAGGAGGUGUCCGUCCCUCUGAAGCUGUACUGCAACGGGGAUGGGGAGUGGAUGGUUCCCGUGGGGUCUUGUACCUGCAUGCCAGGGUUUGAGCCGGCCAUGACCGACACACAGUGCCAGUCAUGUACCCCCGGGUCAUUCAAGUACAAACAUGGGGAGGACUCAUGUUACCCUUGCCCCCCCAACAGUCGCACCAGCUCCAGGGGGGCCAACAUCUGCCCAUGCCAAAAUGGCUUCUACCGUGCCGACAGUGAUUCUCCGUACUCAGCCUGCACCACCAUGCCCUCGCCACCUCAAAACGUAAUCUCCACCGUGAACGAGACUUCCAUCUCCCUGGAGUGGGAAGAGCCRCUGGACACCGGCGGACGGGAUGACGUCAUCUACAACGUGGUGUGCAAGAAGUGUCUGCACGACCGGAGCCCGUGCACGCGCUGUGACGACAAUGUGGACAUAUCGCCGCGCCGACUGGGCCUGACCCAGAAGAAGGUGGUAAUGAGGAACCUGCAGGCUCAUACCCGCUACAGCUUUGAGAUCCAGGCGGUCAACGGCGUCUCUGGGAAGAGCCCCGGCGCMCCGCGCUACGCCACCGUCAACAUCACCACCAACCAGGCCGCACCGUCAGCAAUACCCACAGUGCACCUGAUGAAGUCCACAUCAGACACACUCAGCCUGUCCUGGCUGCCCCCAGAGAAACCCAACGGUGUUAUCCUAGAUUACGAGAUUAAGUACUACGAAAGGGGCCAGGCCAUGUCUCACACGGUGACAGCCCAGCACAGCUCAGUCCGUGUUGAGGGAUUGAGGGCUGCCACUCCCUACGUGGUCCAGGUCCGGGCUCGCACCGUGGCUGGCUACGGCCGCUACAGCAUCCCUAAGGACUUCAGCACCUCAACACACAGUGACCCUAUGAAGUCAGUGCAGGACCAGCUGCCUCUCAUAGUGGGUUCAGCGUCCGCCGGUCUCGUGGUCAUCGUCGCCCUUGUGGUCAUUGCCAUAGUUUGCUCUCGGAAGCAACGCAGCGGUUCGGAGCUGGAAUACACAGAGAAGUUGCAGCAGUAUGUUUCUCCUGGGGUGAAGGUGUACAUUGAUCCGUUCACUUACGAGGACCCCAAUGAGGCAGUCCAUGAGUUUGCCAAGGAGAUUGACAUCUCGUGUGUGAAGAUUGAGGAGGUCAUUGGUGCAGGUAACCAACAUAGUUCGGAGAGGGUGUUGCCGCGGGCCGCCUGCAAGCCAGCCCGGGGCGCCGGUGCAGGCGGUGGUGGCAUUAAGACACUGAAGGCAGGCUACACGGAGCGCCAGCAGCUCUCUCUCCCCUAUAUAUAUUUCCUCUCCCAUCUCCCCCAUUUCUGUCUCAUCCCCCUCUAUCUACCCACUCCCUCUUUCUGCAUUAACCCUCAAUCUAUCUACCCUCCCCAUUACCCCUCGCCUCCCUCACAGCUGAAUGAUGGGCGCUUCACGGUGACCCAGCUGGUGGGCAUACUGCGUGGCAUCGCGGCGGGCAUGAAGUACCUCUCGGACAUGAACUACGUUCACCGGGACCUGGCUGCCCGCAACAUCCUGGUUAAUACCAACCUGGUGUGUAAGGUGUCCGACUUCGGCCUGUCCCGUUUCCUAGACGACUCAUCAGCCGAUCCCACUUACACUAGCUCUCUGGGAGGGAAGAUUCCCAUCCGCUGGACCGCCCCUGAGGCCAUUGCCUUCAGGAAAUUCACCUCGGCCAGUGACGUCUGGAGCUACGGCAUCGUCAUGUGGGAGGUGGUGUCCUACGGAGAGAGACCCUACUGGGACAUGGGCAACCAGGAUGUGAUGACUGCGGUGGAACAGGACUACCGUCUGCCCCCACCUAUGGACUGCCCCAUGGUGCUGCACCAGCUCAUGUUGGAGUGCUGGGUGAAGGAGAGGAACCUGAGGCCCAAAUUCUGCCAGAUCGUCAGCACCCUGGACAAGCUGCUCCGCAAUGCCGCCACACUCAAAGUGGUCACCAGCACAUACUCAGGGGAUCUGAUGCGGAUCGGGGGGACGUUGCCUGGCCACCACAUGAAGAGCCUGGACAGCAGUCAGAAUGACAUCGUUCGACAACAGAUGAGCGCAACUCUCCCCAUAAGGGUCUGAGGUUUGGAUCUGGACCAACAGAACAACAAACCAACAAAUCAGCAGAGGAAACUGGACCCACUAGAAACUACCUAGGAGCUCUACUUGCAGAACCCAAUGAAUGAAGGAAUGGAUGACCCAUUCCUAGACAAAACAAAAGUGGUCUGCUGUACCUAGACAAAACUAACAUGGAAAAGGACAUCUUGACUUUGGACAGCUUCAGUGGAGCUCUGUUGAGAAUAGACUCUUGAGCAGCUUGUGGAGAACUUGUUUAUUGGUGUGUGCUCGUACUCAGUAUUGACAUUUGUGAUUUCGAGAACCGUCCAUUGACAGAAAGCCAAACUCCCCCUCAGGUUAUGUUUGCAUGUCUGCAUGUGUUUUCUGCUGCCUGGGAAGUGUCCUUUUGCCAAAGUGAUUCCCAUGUCUUCCCUGCCUUUAUAUUGACUUUGACCACGGAUGGGAACGGAUAUGGAUACUAUGUACUGGAAAGAUACAGGCGCAAUGAUGAUACAAAAGGGUUUGUUCAAAUGAUGAGUCUUUGAGGAUGGAUUCUAUGGAUUCUGAAGGAACGCGGACACCUCAAAAGAUUGUAUCCUAAUGCCCUUGGUCAGAGAACUUGAUUGUGGACUUCUAUAAGAAUUGCUGUUUUUUUAUUAUCUUGUUUUGUCCACUUUCUUUAAUUGUGGUCUUUCAUGUCAGUGGAAGGUUUUGAUCUCAUGCUACUGUAUGUGUCUUUGCGUGUCCCAUUCACCAUCCCUGUAUAAAGAGGCUGACUGAGUAGGACGUAUUUGACUGUAACACAGUACAGGACACACCAUCAUGUGCAUGCCAAAUUGGAACUGUUGUGGAUGAAUGUCAUGUGAACAAGAGACAAUGGUUUCGCAUAACUACUACUCUAUUUUCUUACUCUUAUUUUAUUCAACUAUGUCUUGUUUUGGAUGCUAAGUUAUUACUUAUAGUUGAAAAUAGUAUUGCGUUUUCUACAGUAAUUGAGGGAUAUCUUUUUYUWUUUUUUAUUCUUUCACACAUUAACGUAAUACACUAGACAGUGAAUUUAAUGAUUAAACAAGAAUCAAAUAUUUUGCGUCAGCUGUGGCUCGUAGGAAAGGGUUAAUGAUGAACCCUAGCUACUAUUAGUCACCAUUGCUUGCCCACAUUGUCAGCCUGUCAGUACAGUUGUCAAUUYCAUUAUACUGGACACGCUACUGAUAUCUUAGCCUGGGGCUCCAGUCCGUUUGUGCUUUAACCAAAUCCUCUCUGUGUUUUUCCAUUGUCAUGCCGAACAUGUUUGGCCUGACACCGAUAGUCAGGGAAGUUGGCUAAAGCACAUAGAAUAUGGUACCAGGCUAACUGAUAUGUUGAUGUGUCGGAUGUUUUCUUAAGUAAAAUGUGUCAAGGAUCCCUUGCAAAUGAAAUAUGUUGCCAUUAAGAUGAUAACUAUGUGACCUCAAUAUCAACCUGACCCACAAAAAGUUUGAAUUAUUCAGUGAAUUACUCUUGACAUGUUUUUUUUUUUUAAGUACACCAGCUGUCAGCAUCUGCCGUGUUAUAUGAUCUCCCCAUCCCUACUAAAUCCGCUCAGAGUUCAUCUUCAUUUGACCCCUCUGACCUCCGUGUGAACCCUGGUUUGUAUGUUUGUUUGUUGUUGGCAACAUCAAAAGAAAAAUGACAGUUAAGGGGCCAUGUACCAGGAUAAAAAAAAUCUAUGUGAAAUAAGAAAAACAAGGAAAUGUAUGUCCGUCAGGGCAGACUUCUUUCUGUAAGACUAAGGUGUAUGGAAUUGUAAAAAAAAAAAGUUAAAAAAAGAAAGAAACUAGAACAAAAUACGCAUUUCUCUCUUAGUAUUUUUUCGAUAAUCAUAUGCAAAUCAAUUAUUAAAGUGAUCUAUGGUA